GUGUGUGUGGGGUGGGGAGGGGGAGAUCUCCAGCGAGAUGGUGGUGUGUCCAGCGCACACGCAGCUCACAGCGACUGGUCUCAGCAUCAGUCCAUCAGUCACCGCACUGCUGUCACUGUGUGUGUCGGCCGCCACCGCACAGUAUGGGGCUCCUGACGCCACCACUGACCCCCCCCGGAAGAAGCCGGACCCUGUGACCUCGGAGACGGUGGUGUUUUGGGGGCUUCGGCUCUGGCAGGUCAUCGGGGUCUUCUCUAUCUUCGCUCUCGCCGUCAUUAUCGUGCUGUGCUGUAUAUUUAAAUGCCGAAUCCCUCGCACCAAGAAGGAGAUUGAGGCUCGCUAUGCCAAGCGCCAAGCGGCCAAGAAAUACGCCAACACCUUAGAGAACGUCCCCCCCCUCAACGAGCUGACCGAGAUCCCAGGAGCCGUCCCAGAGGUCGUCAGUAAGAAGGACGUCCCCACGGUCUCCGGCAAACUGGCUGCCGAGUCGGGUAAGAAGAACGGACAGAAGACUGAGGGGCCGAAGAGGACCAAGGAGGGCAAGGAGGGGGCGAGGGGCGAGGCCAGCGAGGCGGCCAAUAAGAAGGGGAAAGGACACAGCGAGGCCAAGAAAGAUGGCGGGAAGAGCGAGGGCAAAGGUCAGGGGAAAGCGAGGCCUACUGGCCAAAGGCCUCCGGCCAAGAAACCCCCGUAGGGGUCCCACCCCUCCCCCCACGUGUGACAUUGGACUCACUGUCAUCGGCACAAACUGUCGUCCCUAUCUCUCUAUUUCUCUAUCUCUCUGCUUUCCCUCUUUCUUUCUCCUCCAU